AUGCCGCUUCGCCUCGAAAGAGCAAAUCGCUCGGAUGUUCCCGAGCUCGCCGCUGUCUACUUCUCCACCUUCAAGAGCCCGCUCGUCCUGCGUCUCAAGCCCAAUGUCCCCUCCGUGCGCGAAUGGUACGGCGCGCAACUCGAGGCCAGCUUCGACAAACAGCACUGUCACGUAUACAAGGUCGUCGAGUACGGCGACGACAACGAUGGUGGCGGCACCCAGAGCACAGACCUGCUGCAGCGGCCGGAGAUCAUUGCGUUUGCCACAUGGCAGUCGCCGCAGCUGAAGACGGCACAGGUUCAGGACACACGUGGGCCCGAGUGGCCUGCCGCGGGCGAUCCGGCACUGUUUGAGGAGGUCGUCCUCAAGGCCACGAGGAUCAGGGACGAUCUUGUUGGUGACAGGGAGCACUGGUAUCUUGGCGUCCUCGCCACGUUGCCGCAACAUCAACGCCGCGGGGCCGGAUCACUCCUCAUGGGGGAACUCUGCAGGCAGGCGGACGAGGCUGGUCAGCCCGCGUACCUCGAGGCGUCACCGUCUGGGAAGUCGACCUAUGAGCGCUUUGGGUUUGAAGCCAAGAGCAGCUUCACGACUGUGAUUAACGGAGAGGACUACGUCGACGCUUGCAUGGUGCGAGAACCCAAAUCGAAGGACGGCGCGGGGGCCCAAUGA